AUGCAGCGCUCAGCUUUCCUCAUACUGUCGUUCUUGAGCGUCUCUGCCUUUUGUUGGCCCUAUGACGAACCACUCGCUAAAUACAAUCUAAAUGAAAACAAAACCGCCGAAGGCCCAAUCGAUUAUUGGGGAUCAUGGCCGGACCAUGAGUAUCAUCCGUCACCAGAUAACUGGCGCAUGCCUACAUAUACAAUCUUUUUGGACCGUAUAGCCAACGGCGACCCCACGAAUGACGAUAUCAACGGGACCGCAUUUGAGCAUGUGGUCAACUCUAAUCAGAUGCGCCAUGGCGGUGAUUUGGAAGGCUUGAUAGAUACGCUGGACUAUAUCCAAGGAAUGGGAUUCAAGGUCAUCUAUUUCGCCGGAACGUACUUGAUGAACUUGCCCUGGGCCUACGAUGGGUACUCGCCGGUCGAUACCACUCUCCUCGAUAUGCAUUAUGGAACACUGGACGACUGGAGGCGGACGGUCGACGAGAUUCACAAACGGGAGAUGUAUGUGUUGAUGGAUAACACACUGGCAACAAUGAGCAACCUGAUCGGAUUCAAAGGCCACCUCAACGAUUCUGCCGAUUUCGAAGCAUCUGAAUAUCAAGUCCAAUGGGUUACCGACAGAGAAUAUGUCGAUUUCAAGUUCAGUAACGAGUAUAACGAAACAUGCAACUAUCCUAAGUUCUGGGAUGAGACAGGAUUCCCAUUAACAAACGAGGGGGUGCAAGAUUUGAAGGGUUGCUAUAACAGCGAUUUCGAUCAAUAUGGAGAGCUAGAGGCAUUUGGUAACUUCCCCGACUGGCAGCGCCAACUUACGAAGUUUGCCUCCGUGCAGGAUCGCCUACGUGAAUGGCACAAGCCGGUCCGCGAUGUGAUCACUCAACAUUCCUGCCUUCAAAUCGCGAGUCUGGAUCUCGACGGUUUCCGCUUUGAUAAAUCUGUUCAAUCUACCCUCGAGCCCCUAAGUGAGAUGAUGGCCAUCUACCGUGCAUGUGCGCAGAAACUUGGCAAGAAAAAUUUCUUCCUCCCCGGCGAGAUCACGUCCGGAGACAGUUUUGGCAGUCUCUACCUCGGCCGCGGCCGCCAGCCAGAUCAGCGUACGGCCAAUGCAGGCGCUGGCAUCAAGCUCACGAACAACUCGGAUGGGGCUUUCCUGAGAGACGAUGGGCUGCAAGCUUUGGAUGCCUCCGCCUUUCACUAUACCAUCUACCGUUCGAUGACCCGUUUCCUGGGUAUGGACGGUAACCUGGUUGCCGGCUUUGAUUUGCCUACCGAUUUCAUCGAAGCCUGGAAUGAGAUGCUCAUAACAAACGAUUUCCUCAAUGCAUUCACAGGAGAAGUGGAUCCUAGGCAUAUGUAUGGAGUCUCUAACCAGGAUAACUUCCGUUGGCCAGCUCUCCAGAAUGGCACAGAUAAAUACCUCCUGGGUUUGUACAUUAUCUCGCUGGAGCUUCCUGGAAUCCCUCUUAUCUUGUGGGGAGAAGAGCAGGACAUGUACGUGUUCGACGCUACUGCAUCGAACUAUAUGUUCGGUCGGCAGCCCAUGACGUACCAGACCGCGUGGUGGACACAAGGCUGCUUCAAUUUGAACACCUCGAAGUUCUACGAUUUCCCUAUCGAAAAGGGACGCGAGGGUUGCAAUGAUAUCACCGUCACGUAUGACCAGCGGAAUCCUGCCCAUCCACUCCGCAACAUCAUGAAGCGCAUGUUCGAGAUUCGAGCCCAUUACCCAGUCGCCCAGGAUGGCUUGUUCCUCGAAACGAUCUCUCAACUCACAGAAGACGUCUACCUUCCUGGUUCUUCUACCACUCCCACGGUCACUGGACUUUGGUCUGUCUUGCGAAGUUAUUUCCCUGGGGUACAAACGGACGCUAUCCUGGCCAACGAAACCUUGUGGCUUGUGUAUCAAAACGGAAACUCGACCGAAACAUACGGCGGCAACUGCAGCGAUAAGAAUGCGUCCUUAUUGGCUCCAUUUGACUCAGGGACAAAAUUGAAGAAUCUCUUUUAUCCUUACGAUGAGCUCACUUUGGAAGAUGGUCCUAAAAGUUCCGACAACACCUAUGGAUGCGUCCGUAAAAUGAAGCUGCUUCCAUGGGAAUACCGGGCCUAUGUCAAGACCGCCAACUUCGUCGAGCCCGGCCCUACCGUCACUGAUUUCUUCCCCGGGCAUGAUGCUCGGUUGCUAUCUUCAGAAGACACGGGUGAAACCAUGCCCGUUCAGCUUGGAUAUUCCACAGAGAUGGACUGUGACAGCAUCACAAAGGCGGUUUACCUAAAUUCUACAACAGAGAAAAACAUCACCGCCAAGCUUGAUACAUCUAGUGUCAACUGCACCAAAAUUUCUGCCAGGACCACGAGCCAUAACUACACAGGAGAAAUCCCGACUGUUUGGACAUGGUCUGCAAACCUGAAAAAUGUCCACCACGGAAUCCACCAACUGACUGUUAAGAAUGUUUCCUCUUCUGGAGUUUACACCAAUUCGACCGACAAGUUCUUGCUCCGCCUCGGUGCUCAUGACAACCCCUUGAUUUCUCCGCUUGCCAAUUACUCUACCAGCCUAGUCCACAAGUCCAACGAUGACCUUUACGUCCAGCACAGAGCUGCCGGUGCAGACAUGUUCCGAUACUCGUCUGACUUUGGUCGGAGCUGGAACGACUGGGCGACGUAUUCAGGCGGUAACACGACUAUUACCAUCCCGAAGUGGACUGGCACGGACUCCCAGAAGUGGGAGGGAACUCAUAUACGAGUGCAGUACUUUUCAAGGCUCACUGGAAGCAGCGAUUACAUCCAAGAAGGUGAUUAUGCGAGCGAUAGAGUCCGAAGAUUCCCGAACCUGUGGUUCAACGGUCCAUACAACCAAUACGGCUAUGAUGCAGGAAUGGACAGCAAGAUGAAGUAUGAUUCCAAAACGUCUCGCUGGAACUACGAUUUCGUCUACGAAUGGCCAGCCGUGGGCCAGCUGAAUGUUUGGGGGCAUGACGAUGACGGCAACCCUGAUAAUACCGAGGUUUACGGUGAUGUCGGCAACUCGUCUGCGGUUCAAAAGCUUCCACCGUCCUAUCUCGCAUCAAACGUCAUCAACAUCACCAGCCCGCCGCCAUUCCCGCAUCUUGGCUGGACCAUCUCCCUCAAUGAUGGCAAUCUGAGAUACGAAAUGAUCCCCGUCGGAUCUGGAUGGGCCCAGUUGGUCCUCUUCAUCCUUCUCUGGGUUGUUCCGCUUAUUAUGGGUUGUGCUGGUGUCUUUAUCUUCAUCAGCAACUUCUACCGUGUCAAACUCAACAAAAAUGGCAAUGUCAUCAAGGCUGAUACGUUCCUCGUACUACUUUGGCGCAGAAUCAAAGGAACCUUCGCCAAGGAUGAUGAUGUCGAGGAGAUCAAUAUGGCAGACAAUGCUGUGCCAACAAACAUGGCUCUGGCAGGAGCGAGCGACCAACGGCGCACUGUACUGAUUGCCACUAUGGAGUACGACAUCCAGGACUGGAAUGUCAAAGUCAAGAUUGGUGGUCUGGGAGUAAUGGCGCAGCUCAUGUCACAGAAUCUGAAGCAUCAGAAUCUCAUCUGGGUGGUGCCGUGUGUCGGUGAUAUUGACUACCCUGUGGAUACCCCCACUGAGCCUUUUGUGGUGACGAUCCUAGAUCAUCCGUAUUCGGUGCAGGUGCAGUAUCACGUCGUUGAUAACAUCACCUAUGUCCUCCUUGAUGCUCCGGUUUUCCGGCAGCAGACUAAGGCGGAACCUUAUCCUCCUCGUAUGGAUGACCUUGAUAGUGCAAUUUACUAUUCGGCCUGGAAUCAGUGUAUCGCAGAGGUAAUGAACCGAACACCCUCCAUUGAUCUCUAUCAUAUCAACGAUUUCCAUGGCUGCGUAGCACCGCUUUACCUGCUCCCAUCGCGAACUAUCCCAGUUUGUCUUUCAUUGCACAAUGCCGAGUUCCAAGGUCUGUGGGGUCUGAGAACCUCACAAGAAAAGAAAGAAGUCUGUUCUGUCUUCAAUCUCCCUGUUGAAACAGCGACCAAAUACUGUCAGUUUGGUAAUGUUUUCAACCUGCUCCACACCGGCGCUAGCUAUUUGCGAUUCCAUCAACGCGGCUUCGGCGCAGUAGGUGUGUCCGAGAAGUAUGGAAAGCGCUCCUGGGCCCGUUAUCCAAUCUUUUGGAGCCUUGGCAAGAUUGGCAGUCUUCCCAAUCCAGAUCCCUCCGACACAGGCGCCUUGAAGAAAGACCUCGACGUGCAAGUUACGGUUCAGUCUACUGACGAGGUAGCUAGUGACAAAACCAAUGACAAAGUCCAGGCACAGAAAUGGGCUGGUUUGAACGAGGACCCUAACGCUGACUUACUGGUGUUCGUGGGAAGAUGGUCAAAGCAGAAGGGAGUCGACUUGAUUGCGGAUGUUAUGCCGGCUGUCUUGUCUGCUAGACCUAAUGUUCAGCUGAUCUGUAUUGGUCCCAUCAUUGAUCUCUAUGGUAGACUGGCUGCUAUCAAGCUGCAGCGCAUUAUGGAGAUGUUCCCCGGCCGUGUCUUCUCGAAGCCAGAGUUUACGAUCCUUCCCCCCUUCGUGUUCUCUGGUGCCGACUUCGCCCUGAUCCCAUCUCGGGACGAGCCCUUCGGAUUGAUUGCCGUCGAGUUUGGUCGUAAGGGUGCACUUGGAAUUGGUUCUCGCAUCGGAGGUCUAGGCCAGAUGCCUGGUUGGUGGUACACCGUGGAAUCCGACUCAGCCCGCCAUCUCUUGCACCAGUUGAGAACCGCCAUUAAAUCCGCCUUGGAAUCAUCACCAGAGACCCGACAGGAGAUGCGUGCAAACUCUGCUAAGCAGCGAUUCCCCGUUCUCGAGUGGGUUCAGAAGCUCGAAAUCUUACAACGGACAGCUAUCCACGUCCAUCACCAAAAGAAUCAACUCACCGUUGCACACUCGGCGCGAGAGUCUCAGAUCUACUGGGAGACACCCGGCUUGCGGGACUCCGCAAUGACUACCCGCCCUUCAUCAGUGCGGUCAGCGUCGGGGGGUUUGGAUACGCCGCCACCAGGCAGAACAUCACAGCCCUUCCAGCCUUCCCUUCUACAGCUACAGGCAGUCGAAGCUCAAGAAAUGCAGGCAGCCGAAAGCAACAGAAGUAGCAUGUUGAAUCGCAACCUGUCGCUCGGUCGACGAUCUGGACCAGGACAUGGCAGAAAGCGUCUCGUCAAGAAGUCACAGCGCGACAGUCAGAUUGUCGAGCCUGUCGACGGUGAUACCACGGAUGUCGACGAUGAAGGCUUUGUCACGCCACAGGAGAACCUUAUUUCUGAAGAAGAGGCUAUGGCAGCGGUCAACUUACCUCUCCAGGAUUUCAGCACACACCCCAGAAACAACAAUCACUCUCGUGAGUCUAGCUCGUCGGCCUCAGAGUCAUCGCGUUUCAUCUCAAGGGACUCCUCUCCAGCGAGAGCAGCCCGUGAUCUUCUUGAUCCAGCUGCACCUUUCGCUCACGGCCGGAAUAUUUCUGUCCUCUCCUUGCCUUCUGUUGUUAAUGAUCAUGAUCAACCCAAUUUCCAUCUGCAAAAGGUCGACCCGACAUUUACUGACAGCAUGGGCCACUUCACGCGGAACUUCGAAAAGCUGCUCACCGACCUCAACAAGAAAAACUCGAUUUCAGAUUAUUGUAUUGAGCUUUAUCUCAUGAAGAGUGAGCGGAAGUUCUUUUACAUGUACAACGAUGCGCAGUUAAAGAAGCAGCCCAAAGAACGUCCCAUGACUGGAGCUGGUUUGGACCAUGCUGUUGAGAACACUCCGUAUAACCUCGUCACAGAAGGUCAUGAAGAGUCGGAUUCGAAAAACACAGAUGAAAUCGAUCUGUGGCUCUCUCGUCUGGGAUACAAGAGACCCAUUGCUGUCCAGCGCUUUAUGAGAUGGCGCGUCGGAAACUGGCCUGUGUAUGCUCUAUUCUUGGGUCUUGGACAGAUUAUCGCAACGAACUCUGCGCAGAUCACCCUGUUGGCCGGCCAGAUUGGUGAGACAGCAGUCAAGCUUUACGUUAUCGCGGCAAUUUACUGCGUAUCUUCCAUUGUAUGGUGGUGCCUCUUCUUCCGCUUCCCGUCUGUGAUAGUCCUCACUCUCCCCUGGUUCAUAUAUUCCAUGGCAUUCAUCACCAUGGGUGUUUCUCCUUUCGCACUCUCGGAACUCGGUCAAGCGUGGGCUCAAAAUGUCGCCGCGGGUGUCUAUGCCGCAGCAUCUUCCAGUGGUUCCUUGUUCUUCGCUCUCAACUUUGGUGACCAAGGUGCCGUUCCUGUGAAGGAUUGGAUGUUCCGCGCAAGUCUUAUCCAGGGUAUCUCACAGCUCUACACUGUUGCCCUAUGGUACUGGAGUUCCAGAGUCACUGCAGCGGAAGUUGGAGGUGUUUCCACGGUUGCGCUAAAUUCCUGGAAACUCACAGCCGUGGUGAUGCCAAUUGCGGCAGUUUGUUUCAUUAUUGGUGUACUCCUUGCCCUUGGCUUGCCUAAGUACUAUCGCCAAGCACCCGGAAAGAUCCUCUUCUUCUACACAUCCCUCUUCCGUCGGCGAAUCGUCCUCUGGUUCUUCUUCAUGGUCAUCAUCCAGAACUGGUUCCUUUCCGCGGCAUUCGGUCGAAACUGGUCAUUCCUCUGGUCCUCCCAACACACCAAACCAUGGGAAAUUACUCUCCUGGUCAUCUUCUUCUUUGUUAUCCUCUGGGUCGCUGUGAUGCUACUCUUCCGCUACUUGUCUAAGGAGCACAGUUGGAUCUUACCCGUCUUCGGCCUGAGUAUCGGUGCACCACGAUGGGCCCAAACAUGGUGGGGAACAUCCAACAUCGGCUACUAUCUUCCAUGGGCUGGAGGUAUGACUUCCGGGGCUAUCGCAUCUCGUUGCCUCUGGCUCUGGCUUGGCGUUCUCGAUGAGAUUCAACAAGUCGGUUUGGGAAUGAUUCUCCUACAGACUUUGACAAGAGUCCACGUGGUUUUCGUCCUGUUGGCCGCGCAGGCUCUUGGAUCUAUCGCCACAAUUUGUGCUCGUGGGUUCGCGCCAAACAAGGUCGGCCCAGCAGGCAUCUCCCCGGCUGUUGGAUCGUCGCUGGACGCAGUUGGCAAUGCGUGGUUCUGGAUUGCCCUUUUCUUCCAGCUUCUGGCUAGCUUCGGUUUCCUUCUCUUUUAUCGCCGUGAACAGCUCAAUCGGCCCUAG